GAAAUAUGGGCAUCAGUGCUAACUAAUUAUAAAGAUAUCGAGCGUAGCAAUCAGAUUCGAAUGGCUAUUACGAAUGGUUUGCCCUCCUCUUCUAGAGGAUUAAUUUGGCUAGCCUUCUGCAAACCUGAAGGAGGGUUUGAGUCUAUCGAGAAGGUAUAUCAUGAUCUGCUACAGCAACUAAGUCCUUAUGAGGACGAAAUCAAAAAGGACUUGCAUAGGUCUUUUCCGACAAUUGAAUAUUUCAAAAAUAUAAACGGAGAAGGUCAACAGCGUCUUUUUAACGUUCUGAAGGCUUACAGUUUAUAUGAACCUGAAGUUGGAUACUGCCAAGGCCUGAAUUUUGUGGUUGGAAUAUUACUGCUUCAUCUGUCUGACGAAGAAGCCUUUUGUGUUUUAACUUCGCUCAUGAAACAAGCAGAGUUCCGUACACAAUUUGAUUGUGAUCUAUCAGGAUUGAACAUACGUAUCUUUCAAUUCGGUCAACUGAUGAUACACUAUACCAAAGGAUUACAUAUUCAUUUUAAACUUCAAAGGAUGAAUACAAAAAUGUUUAUUACUCCAUGGUUUUUAGGCAUGUUUGGUAACCAAAGUAAUAUAAAAGUUGUUUACCGCAUAUUCGAUCUCGUCUUGUUGGAGGGCACCAACUUCUUGUUUAAUGUCGGUCUGGCUUUACUGACCAAAAAUUGGGCGCAGCUUAGGAUUCUUUCGCGCCCUGAGUUGGCAAAUCUCCUCUUGAGAGACGUUGCCAACGCAUAUCAGGUUACACUUGAUUUUUUUAUUCGUAACAUGUCCAACAACUAUUUUAACUAA